AUGUCUUCUGCUGCAAUUUCGGAGCUUACCGAUGUGCAGGUAUCUCAGUACGCCAAUAUCGGUGCUUUGGCAAUUCUUAUAUUCGAUUUCUGCAUAACAUUCCAGGAUGAGGUACAGUGGACCUGGAACAGGCCAUGGGGCAUAACUCGUGUCAUCUUUGUUAUAUCUCGAUAUCUGCCUUUCGUAGGCUCUGGAUUGACUGCAUAUGCUGCACUGCGUGUCAGCGGUCCGUGUCCCCCUAGUCUGGCGGAAAACAGUAUCGCUGCUGCGGAAGGCUUGCUGGUUAUACGGACAUGGGCAUUCUGGCAAAAGAGCAGAAAAGUGCUGAUUGGAUUAAUCAUAGGUAGCGUGGUGACACUAAUCGGCGCCACUUCUAUCAACGUCAUUCCAAACCACCAGUUGAUUCCGGGAGGGAAGUCUGCUAUAGUAAUGGAAUGCGGCUUCGAGUCGGGAAAAGAUGCUGCACUGGUAUAUCUUUUCUUGGGACUUUUUGAAUGUGUGAUACUGUUCCUUACUGCGUAUAAGAGGUUCAGAGACUACCGGGAAAUUGACAGCUCGAUUGUAGCUGCCGUCUACGGCGGUAGCAUGUUUUACAUGUUGUGCAUCAUCGCCAUCACGCUCAUCAAUGUGAUUGUUGAUGCAGUAGUUCCGGUUGGCUUCACAAACUUAUUUGAUACGCUACAACUUGUCAUUCACAGCGUCCUAGCCUCACGGAUUGUGUUCCACCUUAGAAGGAGCGACGACCAUAUCUAUGAGGCGGACAUGACAAUUCCGGCGUUAGAAACCAUUCAGUAUGGACAACCUCAAAUGCAGACGAAUGAGAGAACGAGUCAAGUUUGA